CAAAGCUACACGGUUUGAUUGUCAGUGAGGGAGUCCGCUCAAACAUGCAGAGAGCUUCCAUUCUCUGUUCUUCAAAUCCACUCCUCCCCACUCAUAAACUCGCUCCCGCUUCCAUUCUAACUCGCCACACUCGUCCUGACUCAGUCUCCUCACCUCUCCGGCUUCCCCCGAAUCCUCUGCGCAAUUGCCGCCUUGCCCUCCCUCCUCUACACGCCACAGCCACUGAAGAGAUUGUUGAGACUGCUGAAGAGUCAGGAUUUGUUAGUGUUGGUUAUGUGGCCAAUGUCCAUGGGCUUCAAGGAGAAAUUCGUGUGAAACCUACCACUGACUUUCCUGAAUUGCGGUUUGCUGAGCCUGGAAGAAGAUGGUUGCGACAACAAACAUUAGGCCAAGAACGAGUUCAAGAAGUUGAGCUGGUCGAGGGAAGAGGACACCCUGGCCAGAAGAUUUGGAUACUUAAAUUGAGAGGAAUUGACAAUGUGGACCAAGCGAGGCAGCUUAUUGGUUCAACUUUACUUGUGAGGGAAGAAGAUAGGCCACAGUUGGAAGAUGGAGAAAUCUAUACUCGUGAUCUUGUCGGAAUGAGAGUUAUUCUCAAGGAAACAGGUAAACCUGUGGGAGACGUGGUUAAUGUUUUCAACAGCGGAGCGAGCGAUCUUCUACAGGUCAUGCUUGAUCCAUCGCUUGAUAUUCUUGACUCCACAGGCAAGCCAAAGCCCGCAGGAACAACACUAUCUGGUCACCUAGUGUUGAUACCAUUUGUUGAAGAAAUUGUUCCAGAUGUUGAUAUGAAUAGAAAAGAAAUGCAGAUUACACCUCCAAAGGGACUCCUUGAACUAAAUUUACUCUAUGAUGAGAGGUCAAAGAAAGAAAGACGCCAGAUUGAAUGGAAAGAGAGAAAAAAGUCUCAGAAGCGUCUCAUAGCAGCAAAAAAGAAGCUGUGUGAAAUGGACCAAAAACAUGUGUUUGACGGACUAAGAUUUGGAGAGAAAACACAACGGAGCUUACUUGCUGAUCAGAUUGUUGGUGUUAAUACACUGUUACUUCAACAAGCUUUAAAAAUUGCGGAGGUACAUUCUAAAAGAUUGAAUGUGACUGAGAUGGUAAGUGCACUUAAAGCAGAAGCAAUGAGUAGUACUCUGGAAAUAUCGGAGAAAUAUCUCAUUUCUUCUGCAAGUGAAGAUAAGCUGGGCACACAUUUCCAAUUUCAAGAGAGGGGAGUAGAUCUUAUAUCUAAGGGCAAGGUUGCCAUUGCUUUAAUUGUAAACAAUAUGUAA